AACACAGACGCACACAGACGCACAUGCUGGUGACCGAGAUGCUCACACCGCUCGAGAAGACCCGUCACACGAACUAAGUCCGCCCAAAGUUCCACUGACGUUGUGUCGACGCUGCAUACUGUGCGCGUCUCUUCUUCGCUCACCAGACAAGGCUUCACUAUGCUGUCAUUCGCACGCACCAACCCUUCCCUCCUCUUUGCGGCCCAGCUCCUCUUCGUCCUUCUGUGUCUCCUCCGUCCCGCUCACGGGGGUUCCGUACGAGCGCACAGGCUGCGGGGCAGCGAGUCGGACCCGCCCCGCGCUCCUAAUGCAGACAUGCUGAAAGCCUUGGAGUUUAUCGAGAACCUUCGCCAGAGAACAGACUCGCAGGAGCGGGCCCGUCCCCCUGCAGGGGGCGGACUGGAUGACGCUCAGGAGAUGCGCUCCAUGCUGAGGCUGAAUGAGGAUGAGGGCAAAGACGUGGACGAGGAGAGCGAGGACAAGAGCGAGGAGCUGCUCCAGGCGGUGCUGAGCACCCUACAGCAGACGGAGAAGGCCUCCAAGCCCACCUUACUUCAUCCUUCCUCGCUGGGGGGCGGCCGGGUGAAGCAACAGAGCAUCAUGCCUCACAAGAAGAUGCCUCUCAUGUUUGAGGACGAGGAGGAAGGCGAGGGAGAAGAAGAGGACGACGAGCACGGGAGCCCCUUCAAGCGCACCAAUGAGAACGUGGAGGAGAAGUACACGCCUCAGAACCUGGCCACGCUGCAGUCCAUCUUCGACGAGCUGGACAAGUUCACCACGGAGAAGAUGGCGCACAAACGGCAGGAUGAGGAGAAGGAAGACGAGGAAGAUAUGUUUCAUCUGAGAAACGUGGCGUACGACGACGAAGGGGAGGAGCUAGCAGACUGGGGCCCAAUGGAAGAGCAAGAUGACGAAGAGGAGGAGGAGGAAAACAAAGAAGAGUUGGACAGGAGUCUCGAUUACGUUGACGAUGAGGAGGAUGAAGGCUACCCGAUGAAGAGGUCAGAUGCUCCAGACGAGGUGGACUACUACCUUUUCAAAGUGCUGGAGAAAACGGAGGAGGAAGAACAGAAGCGAGCGAUCGAGGAGGAGGAGGAGGAGGAGGAGGAGGAGAGGGAGGAAAGGGGAGUAGCUCAGUACAGAGGCAGCAUUGACCCGCAGGUCAUCUACCAGCUCAUUCACCCCCCCCAGACGUUCAAGAUGCCGCCUCCAGACCUCCUGCAGCUGCUCAAGACAAAACACCAGAGCGACAACAAGCUGUGGCAGACGUCCUCCAGGAGCAGCCACAAGGGCCCCACAGCUCCGUUCCUCCACAGACGCCCGUCCUUCAGGCAAAGCGGCCCCGGGACCCCCCAGCGAGAAGAACUCCUCAACAUCCUGGGCUUGGGGGACAGCAGGAAUCGGGGUCAAGCCUCCGUCAGAAAGCCGCACAGCAGCCGGCCAUCGCGACUUCGCACUCUGCCGGCGGGGCGCGCCGCCGCCGCCGCUCCUGCGCCGCGACGCUUCCCUCCCGGUAAACCCUCGGAAUACGACGGCGCCACGGCUGACCGGCUGGCGGCGUACCUCGCCGCUCAGAUGCUGGCGAGGUACCCCGGGCCUGCGCACCGCUACAGCCAAAAGCGUGAGGAGGCGGGGCAGAGCGUGGCGGGCUCGUUUGAACGGGCCAUGCAGGAUUACUUGGAUCGGAUGGACUCGGGGGGGGAAGCCGAUGACGAGAAACAGACGGAGGACGCGAUGGAGCCGAGGAGCAAAGGCGUGUAAGCCGAGGAGCAGAUGUCUUCAACGUGGUGGUCUUACUGAUGAGACACGUGAAUGUUGAAUCAUGACGUGACGUCCCGUACACCAGCCUGGACACGCGAGCAGCGGACCCCCCCAUUAGACUCGCUUGUGCUUGUUGGUGAUUCCGACUUAAAUGUGAGCAUUUGUGACACGUGAGGUCAAUAAAGCACCGACUUCAUUGUUUUCCUUUCU